AUGGAUCUUUUUCCAGGAAGAAGUUGGCUGUUAUGGCUGGUUUCUCUCUAUUGCAUCUUGCAGGUGAGUAGUGCUCGAUUUGGUGUCUACAUUCCUGAACAUAGACAGUAUCAUAUCAGCAUUGAAUGUGAAAAUGUAGAACUGCGUGACAAUAAUACAAACGCUUUCUUUUCUUAUUAUUAUAUUGCUGGAGAUGAAAAUCCAACGGCUACGACAUAUUUUAAUGCAAAGGAUUCGGAGUGUGCUUUGGGCUCCUUAGGAGAAACGGAAUCUCUAUCUGAGCUUUUCUCGCAGCUUGAUGUAGACAGCUUUGAAACUUUUAUUUAUAUUCCUCCGGAGAAGCGACAUGAGUUGACUGGGGCAUUCAACUGCAACAAAAGUUCGGUGGUAAACAGUAUAGUUUCGCGCGAUACUAAUUACCAGGAUUUUCAGUUGAAGAUAAAUGACUCGGGUCUUUAUUGUACUGCUACGAGACCGUUGACAAGCUUGGGUUCUGCUGCUGGUUCUAAUGUUUACUUCAGUGAUCAUAAUUAUGAUAUUGAUGAGUAUGAGUCUUUUUCGAAUAACUUUGAUUUCACUUCAUUAAUUGUUACACCUUUCUUAUUACUCCCAGCUUGUAUUUGGAUCUACGCACUCCUGUCCCAACCAGCAAAAGUACUGCCUAUUCAGUAUGGGUUAUUAAUACAUAUUGUUGCUAUAGCAAUUGGUAUCACUUUAGAUAUUAGUAUUCCUUAUAUCUACAACAACUUCGAUUACCCAAUUGAGGUUUUUAUUCGUCGUCUACUUCUUUUACUUGCCUCUUUUGGUAUUGGGGUUUGGCGACCUGUUCAAUUCAAGCUCUUUUUCAUGAUUGCCGGUGUGUUUUCUUUUUUACUUUCCUUCAGUAUUCUUAUUGCAGUGAGUGAUACCUUCGGUAUUCUUUCUGCAGCGAUUGGUAUUGAACCUGUUGUAUUCCUUAAUGAAUGGCUAAAUAGAUCCGUUUCCAACAUUGUUUGGUUGUCUUCAAUUUUUGCACUUUAUAAGGAACAGGAUCAAUUAAAUACCAAAUCUUCAUGCUUUGCGAAGGUUUGUAAACGUUCCCUGAUUUACUGCAUUGCUGUUUUUAUUUUUUGUUCCUUGUCAUCUCCGGUAGACUGCUUCGGUGACAGCAUUUUCCGUGAUUACGGUUUCGUGUAUUGGCCCCUUCGCUAUAUCAUUGAAAUCAUCAUUCCUUGCUAUAUUUGGUAUCCCUCCCAAAAUGAGCAACUUGCUUACACAGCAAGUGUGGAAAUCUAA